CGCUGAGUGUGAGUUCUUUUUUGUGCUGGUUUACAACAUUAAAGUGCUGCUCGCUCGUCGUUCGUUUAAUAUAUAAAUUAGAAUCAUCUACAACCGGGCGGCCAGAGGAGCAAUCGGCUAGCGAGGACGGUCAAAACGGUGGAUUACCAACCGAUUUCCUGGUUAAUUCCAAAAUCAAAACCAAGAGUUGGUCCAAAGUGCGUGCGAGUGUGUUGGUGCGUUUCGUUUCGCGUGUGUGUGUGUGUGCGUGUCGUCGUAGCAGCAGCAGCAGCAGCACCACCACCACCAGAAGAAGAACAAGCAGCAGCAGCAGGAGAAAAGGAGCAGCGGAAGAAGAGACGGUAGUCCAGGCAUUUGCCGGAUCGGGAAAGGAACCGUAACUUGGGACACACUCGCCCCGACCUGACCCGAAGGGAGAGCGAGAGAGAGAGAGAGAGUGAGACGCAAAGAGAAAUGCAACAACAACCGGAGUCGGGCGGAGAGGAGAGCUGGCUGGAGGAGCAAUGUCACCGCGAAAUCCACGGCCAGCACGACGAGUUCGAACGGGAGUAUGUGCGUCAGCGGGACAACAAUCUGAGCACCGUGUGGGGAGCAUUCCAGGAUUCGGCCACCGCCGUAGCCCAGCUUUACAGAGAGCGCUCAUCGAACACAUUUUCCUCAGACACAGGCGCUCUUUGGCUGCCCUUCCAGACCGCAGCUGGCACUGUAACAACACUCUACAAAGAAUCAUGUGAUGGUCUCAAACGCACCAGCGACGCUGCCAUUCAGUGUGGCUACCAAAGACGCACUCGCGAAUUGGCCGAUUGGGCGCGCAGCAAAAAACGCCGGAUGAUACGGCGCGAGGAUCUGCUGGCCUAUUUGGCCGGAAAGCCCCUACCGCCAUCCAACUCAAAUCCACAUGCCAAUCGUCGCUCACCAAAACCGGAGCACCAUCACCAGAGCGGUAGCGGCGGCUCUGGCCUGGGAUUUCACAGCUCCGGACUGGGUCUGCCCAGUGGUCCGCCCACAGCCGCCGGCGGCGGACACCUGCUGUCCGCCGGAGCAGCCGGUGGCCGUCAGGAGGGAGGGGCCGGUGCCCCUGGCGGUGGAAUCGGCGAUGACUUGCACACCUUUAAGGAGGCCUUGGUUUUGCGUCCACGUGGCCCGGAACUAUUUGCAUUUGUUGCCAACGAAAUAGCGCGCCAUUGCAAGCGUCCCGGCAGUCCCAUCGACGACAAAAUGGAUAUUUGCCACUACAGCAGUAAACGCCAGCGCUUCAUGUAAUCCAAUACCAAUGGCGAACCCAGCCCAAAGCAAAGCUCCCGGUCAUCAAAACACCAAUGCACUUCACCAUCUGGAAUCGAAAAAGAAACACUGCGCGGGAAAAUGUAUUGAACGGCCGAUUUGAUGUCAAAGGCUUGCGAAACAUAAAAUGUACAUUUAUGUUUAGUUUUUCGGUUUAUAGUGGCCUACCAUUUUUUUUUUAUAAAUAACCCUUUUUCCUCACUCCUUGCACAUACAUACAGCAAAUGUACGUAAAACACACAAAUAUCACACAUGAAAAUAGUUAAGUUAUGUUUUAGUUGAUAACACUUAAGAAAAAGUCAUGCUGAUAGUAGUGACAGCAGAAGAUUUAUAUGUUGAAUACGAUAAUGCCGCAUAUCGGGCACUAUUAUACAAACUGUUGAUCAUUGUCAUCAUGCAUUGCACGAAACGGAGUGAAAAGUUUAGGAGUACGAUAUAUGUUAUAUGCCAGCUGUGCGUCUGAGUUAAGAUUAAGCGAAGCAGUAAUAGUGAAAGGUAUUGUAAAAUGUAAAUCCCCUUUUUUUCGUUAUACAAACCACAAAUGAAGCUGUGUAAAUAACAAAAAUUAGAGACACGAUAAGAAAACCCAGACAGAAAUAUAAUGUUACGUAUAUAUACUAUUUGUAUAUGCUACUUAAA